ACCCUAUUCGGCUCUGCCCAUUGAUCCGUCGCCGAAGCAUCAGGCCGGCACGCAUCUCUCUCCGGAGGCUGGUCUCUCUCGCCGCCUCUUCCCCUUCCUCCCGGCAAAGCCCAAGACCCUAGAAGCCCUAACCUAGCUCCGGCGCCAUGAACGGACCUUGGUCCGAGCUCGAAGACGGGUUCGCGGCGGGGCGCCUCUUCUCCCAGGGCGUCUCCUACACCUACGAUGACGUGAUCCUCCUCCCCCACUACAUCGACUUCCCCGCCGACGCCGUCGACCUCUCCACCCGCCUCUCCCGCCGCGUACCCCUCUCCAUCCCCUGCGUCGCCUCCCCCAUGGACACCGUCUCAGAGGCCGCCAUGGCUGUCGCGAUGGCCGCCCUCGGCGGAGCCGCCAUCGUCCACGGCAACGCCUCCCCGGCCCACCAGGCUGCCAUCGUCCGCUCCGCCAAGUCCCGCCGCAUCCCCUUCGUCACCGACCCCGCCUUCUUCUCCCCCUCUGACCGCAUCGCCUAUGUCACCGAUUUCAACUCCGCCCUCUACGCCCUGGUCACCGAGUCCGGCACCGCUAAGUCGAGGGUGGUUGGCGUCGUUGCGCUGUCCGACUGGGAGAGCCUUGCGGACAAGAACGUGCCGGUCUCCGAGUACAUGCGGCCGGCCCCGGCUUCGGCUCCGGCAAGCUGCGAUUUUGAGCAGGUGGCGGCGUUCUUGGCCGGGGAGGGGCUGGAGUACGCGCCGCUGGUGGCGGUGGACGGGGAGGUGGUGGAUCUGGUCAUGGCGGAGCAAGUGGAGAGGAUCCGGAGCUUCCCCAAGCUAGGGGUGCCAUCGUUGGGUCCGGAUGGCAGGUUCUUGGUGGGGGCGGCCAUAGGGACCAGGGAGGAGGACAAGGAGAGGCUGGAACUUCUUGUGAAGGCUGGGGCGAACGUCGUCGUGGUGGACAGUUCUCAGGGGAACUCCAUAUAUCAGAUUGACAUGAUCAAGCAUGCGAAGAACCUGUACCCACAGCUGGAUGUGAUUGGGGGUAAUGUGGUCACAAUAGCCCAGGCACAGAAUCUGAUCAAGGCCGGUGUUGAUGGGUUGAGGGUGGGGAUGGGAUCGGGGUCCAUCUGCACCACCCAGGAGGUCUGUGCUGUGGGUAGAGGGCAGGCAACAGCUGUAUACAAGGUUGCAUCUUUUGCCAAGGAUCAUGAUGUGCCUGUAAUUGCUGAUGGUGGGAUUGCAAAUUCCGGACAUAUUGUUAAAGCUUUGGUAUUAGGGGCAUCUACUGUUAUGAUGGGCAGCUUUUUAGCUGGCAGCCAUGAGGCUCCUGGAGUUUAUGAGUAUCAGAAUGGUCGCCGAGUGAAAAAAUACAGAGGCAUGGGCUCUCUUGAAGCUAUGACCAAGGGGAGUGAUGCCCGAUACUUGGGUGACACACUAAAGCUGAAAGUUGCUCAGGGAGUUGUUGGAGCAGUAGCAGACAAAGGUUCAAUAUUGAAGUUUAUUCCCUACACAAUGCAGGCUGUCAAGCAAGGAUUCCAAGAUCUUGGUGCAUCCUCUUUGCAGUCGGCCCACAAUCUUCUACAAUCAGAGGUGCUAAGAUUGGAGGUCCGGACAGGGGCUGCACAAGUUGAGGGAGGGAUACAUGGCUUAGUUUCGUAUGAGAAGAAACCCUUUUGAGGACUGACAAAAUGUUUGUUUCUGAUAGAACCUUAAUAUUAUAGUUCUGAAAGGUAUGAAUUUGGUUAGGCUGACAUUCUUCAGCCCAAAAAUUAGGAAGCAGUCCUUCCAUUCGCUUUGAUGUCUUGCAGUUUUGCUUCAAUUCUGGAAUUUUCUGUAACCUUCAAUGAAAAUGUUGAACUUUAUAAAUAACUGUUGGGAUCUUAUUGUGAGAUUUAAUUGAAGUAUAUUUUCUUGAUCA